AUGGCCAACAGCGCCGGCACCGACCCAAGCGGCUUUUCAAUCCAACCUGUCGACUUCAGUCUGGGCGAUGUACAACGAGCACGAGAAUUCUACCACUACCUCCAACCAGACAAUCUCAUUCACCCUGACGCCCAACGACACGACUCACUCCACCGCCAUGCCUCCGGCAAUGUCCCUAGCCUUAGUAAUGCGCUGGCUCCCUUCUGUCAGCUCGCGGUCCUUCGCUGCAACUGCAGGAAAUCGAUGCUCAACGUGAUGGACCGAGACCUCAUGUAUUUCCUGGCCGAGGCGACAAAGGAAGCCAAAGGAGGGGGCGACGACACAACAUAUGAGUUCGUGGAAGAUCCCAUUCUCAUGAGGUGUAGCUCGGUGCCAUUGAAAGGAAGAAUAUGCGAAUUGACAAUCAAGGAGCGAAGCGAGGGCUCCGGGUCUACACCAAUGUUUAUCAUUCCGGACCUGGCGCAGUCCGAUUUCUCGCAUAUGGAAAUCGUGACGGGACAUCCAUAUUAUAGGUUCUAUGCCGGUGUCCCAAUUACGACAAGGGAAGGAAUCAACAUUGGCAGUCUGGCUAUCAUGGACACUAAGCCCCGCCCAAAUGGCCUCACAGGUGACGAGGAGAAGUUUAUGGCCGAUUCUGCCCGACAAAUAAUGAUGCAUCUAGAAACCAACAGACAGGCAAUCGAAGGAUACCGAUGCCGUCGCUUGGCGGAAGGUCUCGAAGCGUUCAUCGCUGGUAAGAAGACUAUCCACGUGUCGGCGCAUCAAGCGGAAAAAUCUCUCAAGAGAGGAUCAAAGAUGCUCAAUGGUAGCGAUACCCCAAGCGUGGACGGAAUGCGCGACCGUCAACCGUCAAGCGAGUAUCGCUUGGUGGCUCAGAAAGCGUCUUGGAAUUCCCUCGGCGAGGAUGGCAACACAUCGGGACAAUCAUCAGAUUCGGAGGAUGCGUGGACCAAGGUCGAGGAUGAUGGGGAGUCGCGCUCGCAUAUCAAAACAUUUGGCAGAGCAGCAAGCAUUCUCCGCGAAUCUUUUGGUGACAUUGGGGAGGAUGGCGUAGUGACCUUCCUCACUUUAAGCCCGUCCGCUAAGAAGACUUCGCACGGUGGCCAGAGGCGUCGGUCUAUUCUCGAAAAGCCGCAGUCAGACGGCGAAAAUGCUGGUGUAAUACCCCAGACAACGGCAGGCCAACCAUCAUUCAUUGCCUACUCGACGCAGACGGAGCCCUGUCUCCCAGAGAAAGAAUUGACGCACGCAAGAGGCAUCGAUGAUGAUAUGCUGCAACAUCUGAUGCGACGGUACCCAGGAGGAAAGUUAUGGUCCAUGGACAUUACUGGCGUCUCGUCUUCAGAGGAGGACAAGACCGUACCGGACUCUCCGUCACACCAUCGCAAACGGAGCAGACGAAAACAGAUAGAGAUGGAUGCUCUGAGAAAGGCAUUCCCUUCCGCUUUACAGGUGCUCUUCGCUCCCUUGUGGGAUGCCAGCACCGGGUCGUUUGCUCACGCUUGCUUCGUCACGACAUCACUAGAAACGAGAUCUUUCAGCUCUACCGUCGAAUUGCCUUUCCUCAAUUCAUUCUGCAGCACCCUGAUGGCGGAGUGCAGCCGACUCGAUACCAUGGCAGCCGACAAACAAAAGAGCGACUUUGUCGGCACUAUUUCGCACGAGAUGCGGUCACCUCUCCAUGGAUUGUUAGCUAGUGUGGAGUUCCUCACCGAGACCGAUCUUACGGGUUUUCAAAGAUCUCUAGUUGAUACGAUUGAUUCAUGUGGUCGGACCUUGUUAGACACCAUUAACCACGUUCUAGACUUCUCCAAAGUCAAUUCGUUUCAGAGAGUAUGGCAGGCCUCUAAUCGGAAAUCGACCGGUUCCAAACGGAAUAAUUUCCUGGGGCCCGAAAAUUCGUCCAAGCCACUAUCUCAUGGUGCUCCCCCUCUACUGCAGCUGUUCGGUGUGACCGACGUCUCUGCUGUUUUGGAAGAAGUGGUGGAUGGACUAGUUCUUGGCCAUACUUACAAUUCUGGGAUUGACAUAACCGACAUUUCUCGCCACGCUCGAGGGCGAGGGACCCGACUUGGCAAACAGGAUGGAUCAGGUCCAGAUACCGUCGAUAUCUUGAUCGAUGUUCAGCAAGCCGACUGGAAUUUUUUAACUCAACCUGGAGCAAUUCGACGCAUCAUUAUGAACAUUACUGGAAAUGCCAUCAAAUAUACUAGCCAGGGCUCGAUACACGUUAACUUACAAUUGAAGCCGUCAAAUGAGGUUGAUGGCAAUGAUUUGAUGGUUUUCACGGUAACGGAUACUGGCAAAGGCAUAUCCCAAGAAUUCCUCUCAAAGAAGCUAUUUGUACCAUUUGCCCAAGAAAAUGCAUUAGCUCCAGGUACCGGGCUGGGCAUGAGUAUCGUUAGAAGUAUCGUUCUCAUGCUUGGUGGUUCGAUCAACGUGAAGAGCAAAGUUGAUCAAGGAACAACGGUCGAGGUGACGUUGCCUAUGAAAAGACCUCUUCCUGGUCAAACCUCGACCCAAACAACCCCCUGGUCUGGCGCCACGGUGUCUUCAAGUGCCUCGGGUGGAGAUGACAGUAUCAGUUUUCUUCAAGAAAACUCAGCAGAUGCUACAAUGACAUUCUACCAGCCUGUGCCUGAGAUUGACGUUGAGUUGAGUCAGGUGGUCAGGUCGUACGUGCAGGAAUGGUACAAUAUCCAGUUUGUCGAUUCGGUGCUCUACAAGACCUGCAGUGUUGUUCUUGUCAGAGAGGAACACUUGGAGAAGCUGAUCGAGGAUACUAUGGGAACGCCAGGAAACCGCCCUGCUCUCAUAGUGAUGUGCUCUGUCUCGAGUAAACACAGUGCCGCGUUGCUACGCUCGCUUGAACAACGGAUAGCAAGCGUGGUGGAGUUCGUCUCGACGCCGUGCGGGCCCCAUAAGCUUGCGCGGAGUAUACGCAUUGCUUUGGACAAGAAGCAAGCUCAGAAUCCACAGUCUGCCGCCGCCUCCAUCAAGUCACCCCUCCCCCUUCCCAGUCCAGCAACUACUCGAACAGCACUCGAGUCCGUCACGGAGGAAUUGCGUGACAUGGACUUGAAUCCUCCUGGACAGAACGACAAGGCCAAGAUUGUGCAAGCCACCGAGACAUUUGCUGCGUCACAGGCCAGCCAAAACGCACAGAUGGUGCUUCAUGAGCCUAUCAUCGCUCUGCGGACACCUCGCACUCAUGUCAGUGAAGGCGAUUCGUUCCCGUUCCCCAUACAGACGCAAGACGCAUCAAGGGUUCGUCGCGAGCGGAAGAGGAGUAUGUCAGGAAAUGGUCCGCUGCAUAACACGCCAAGCACCGGGACCACGCCAAUUGAAACGCCUCGUCCUUCCCAGCCGAUGACCGAGUCAAAACCUGAACGGGUUGACCCUCACGUUCUUCUCGUAGACGACAAUAAAAUCAAUCUUCGACUGCUGGAGACGUAUCUCCGGACGAAAAGGAAAUACACCCGUAUUAUUCAGGCCGAAGAUGGUGAGCAGGCGGUUGAAGCGGUCAAGAAAGCAGAGGUACCUUUUGAUGUCAUCUUUAUGGAUAUUUCGAUGCCCGUGAUGAAUGGGUUCGACGCCACAAGGGCAAUUCGUCAGUUCGAGGAUAGCAAGGGUAAUAGAGGCUCUGAUCCCGGCGCGAUGAUCAUUGCGCUGACGGGACUCGCAAGCGGUAAGGACCAAACAGAGGUGUUUGACUCUGGGUGUGAUAUCUACAUGACAAAGCCUGUCAGUUUCAAGGAGGUUGGAAAGUUAUUAGAUCAUUGGGAAAAGCAUCAGAGUGUGGGUAUAGCCACGGAUGGGAAAAAGGAUGGGUUGGAUCAAUCUCAUUAA